AUGUCGGGCAAGUAUGCCUUCACCAAGUCCCUCAAGGAGGUGCGCUUCCUUUUCUGCCAGACUUCGGACCACAGCGCAGCUACAAGGUCGUUUCUUAUAAGAGCUUAUCCCACCAUGAAAAAGAAUAAUCCGCAUACACCAAUUAUGCUUAGGGAAGCUUUGGAUACCGAGCCGACUGUUUUCGCCAGAUACGAAUACGGCAAGGAAAAGCGGGAAUCACUAAGUGGUCUCAACGACAAAGAGAUUGAAGAAAGGAUAACGGUGUUGGUCAAGGAGCCAGUGUAG